AUGAAGCCUGAAGGGACGUCUUGGAACGUGGUCUACCUGGUCGGCCUAUUCUCCUUGAUUCAGAAUACUCAGUACUCAAUCUACCUCACAACACUAUUCUCCUACAUGUUAAAGGUUUUCUAAAAUCGAUUUUCAUGACUUGAAACGGCGUUGCGAGGUGUUGAAGUUUGCUAUAUGUUUUGGGCUCCCGACCAGAAACUACUUGCGCUUGACGGCAUUGCCUAGCAUAGGAGGGAAAUAGUGGAAAGUUGGGCGCAGAGUGAAACGCAAUGUUUUUUUGAGGCAUUCCAUGACUUCAAAUUGUGAAAAAGCUUUUUGAAACAAAAAAUGAGAAGAUUUUCCAGUUGAAUGACAAAGCAACAGAAGCGCAUUUCGGUUGGGUGAUGGCGACUUCGAGUUUGGGACAUUGUGUCGGGUGUUUCGUCCUCGGUUAUUGGAACAGUAGGACGGGGAAGGUUGAUGGGAAACAUAAACAAAAUCUUAACUUAUUUUUAAGGCAAAACCCUCACUUAUCUGCGGAUUCACCCUGAUGCUGGCUUCAAACCUAAUCUACAUGACGAUUGAAUAUCUGCCCCCGGCGGUUGUAGUCCACGCAAUGAUGAUUUCCAGACUGCUCGGAGGUCUUGGAAUGGGUGAGUUUCAUGAGAAAGUUACAAACCUUCUGUGGCGGGCUAAAAUGACUUGACUAUAUGUUCUUUUGAUUCUUCAUAGAGCGCAAAUGAGCAUUUCAAACGACUGUUCUUAACAUUGAGAACAAAAAUAAAAGAAAAAGCCGCUAUUCAAGCUCUGAAAAAUGAGCUUACAACUUUUUGAGACGUUCUUCAAACUCGCAAAAACAAUAUUUGAAAAAAAUCAAAAUCAAUACGUAAUGUUGAAAAUUAGGAUCCAACAUAUCAAAAAAUACGAAAGUUCAGGAAACUCAACGCCGAUGAGAGCCUGCGCCUCGUCCCACUCAACCUCUCAAGAUCGACCCAAAGCGAUGGCUUCCAUUUCUGGCGGGAGAUCCGUUGGAACUAUCGUUGGGCCAGGUAAAACUCUAUCUAGAAUACCUGGGGAAUUACCUGGUUAUCCGAAAAUUACUCUUUCACAUGAACUUUUUUUAAAUUUCGAAGCUCCAGAGAAGAUUUUUCUGAAAGUUAGGAAAAAUCAAACUGUUCUUUUUGGACCUUACAAAAUACCCACUCAUCGAUUUACCUGUUCUCAAUCAGUGAUAAAAAACGAGUUUUGAUUGUACCUUUGGUCCCGUUCUAAGUUACAAUGUAGGCAAUGGAAAAAAAUCGAAGAAUCCCAUCUAAAAAAGAGUUUUAUACGUUUUUUUUUUAGGUCUUCAACUGAUGUUCCUGCCACUGGGCGAAAUGGGCAUUGCCGUGUUUCCAGGCCUCAGAAUCCACUCAAACAACGCGCCGGCCGUUCUCGGCAUCGUUCUGACCAUUAUUGGCUUCAUCGGAAUCUUCUUCUUUUUCGAUGAAACCGUGGAAAACGUGGAGAGCGACAAGGUCGCCAUCACCGAGUCCCAAAAGGUUUCCGAAAUUCUAUUGUUUAUUCAAAAAUUUCGGUGCAGUUUUCAUUGCGAGACAAAAAUACAUGCUAAUAUAACGGAAUUUUUGAGUCAAAUUACAUAUUUUGAAAUUAUUUUUAUACAUUGUUUUUUUCUUUCCAGAUCAGUGACGAAUAUCCGCAGCCAGACAAGCUUGCCAUGUUCAUCUGCAUGUUGACCCGAUUUAUUCAGAACUUUACACAAAUCGCCAUUGAAACGUGAGUUAAUAUGAGCAAGAUACAGUGUUAUCAAAGAAUCUCGUCUUUGAGAGACGCUUGGACCAACUUCACAAAACUUUCAUAACGAAGAGCCUUUUUCCGUGUUGUUUUAUUUUAUUCAAGACUUCCUGCGCCUUUUAAACAUUGCGACGAGAACUUUUUAAAAAAUACAGGGUUCUGGAAAGCUAAAAAUAAUUUUUCUUAUCAAUCUUCUUUUUAUACUAAUAAAUACUUUGAAACAUCUAUAGCUGAUUCACGGCUGACUUGAGCCAUCGAAAAAUGGGUCCUGACACGAUAAGAGUUGGCGUAGAGCGCAGUCAGGCCACGCCUCCUUAGUGUCCCAGCCGUGGAUUGGCUAUAACUUUUCAUUCCCAAUUCAAGUAAUGGAAGUUGGAAAGAGAAAAGAACUAAAUAUUCCAUGAAGGUUCUUACAAAACUUCCUACACGAUUAGUCACUGGAAACCUUCAAAAAGCAUGUUUCAGCCUCGCCCCGGCCAUCCUCAUGCUCAUGUUCCACCAAUCUCGAACUCAAGCCGUCGCCACCAUGGCCACAACUUAUCUCAUCACGGGUCUCAUCGCUACAGUCCUCUAUUUGGCGAUUAUCUUCACCAAACUGUCAAAAUAGUGAGUUAUUAUCCGAAAAAACUCUUGAAAAAUAAAGGUCUAGAAGUUUUUGAAAAAAGGGUUUUCUAUAAAUUAUAACGUUUCUAAGCUACUCCUUACAAACAUCCUUAGAAAGGGUAUUUCUCGAAAAAUUGAGGCUCUUAGUGGAUUUUACUGCAGUAACUUGUGCGUUGAAUCCUCCUUGAAACUACAAAAAGCAUAACUUUCCUCGGAGCUUGGAAAUCGUCUGAUUUCAGCGUCCGGGACCGUUCAAGCAACACGAUAAUCCUGCUUCUUUUCGUUGCGCAUCUGCUCGCUACGUAUCCGUGGCAAUUCUACCAGAACGAAGUUUAUGCCAAGAACAAUGGUAAGCUUUUAUGAGUGGAUUUGGACCAAGAAAAAUACAAAAAAACCUUUAAAAAAAAUGUUCGGAUGAGGUAUCAAUGGGAAGCUCUAUUUUAUUCAUCCUUGUAGAACUAUAAAACUUGAGCUUUUUAAAACCCUUUGAAACUUUAUUUUUAUCAGAAGGCGGAGCCAAUCAGGUCAUAUUAAAUUUUACAAACUACCUAUUUUUCACUGAAAAUCAUGUUCACGCGACUGACCUUGCCAGAAAAUAAGGUUGGAAUGGGCAAUUUUUGGAAGAAGAAAGGAGGGAAUUGCGGGUUCCAGAUCAGAAAAUUAAGAAGUUGAAAAUUACGCACUUCUUUCAGAAACCGGGAUCGGAUGCGAUGUUGACCGGUUCUCCUGGUGCAGUGGUCUCACAGAGGCGCCACAAUGGGUUCGUACAAUUUUUAGCUUUUUACUCAUAAAGUUAACAUUGCUCCAUGUGAAGAGAAUUAUUGAGAGAUCAACCGAAUUUCCUUAAAAGUAGUGCAAAAGGUUGGAUUUUUCGCUUUUAAAACCGGAUAAAUGCCCAAAAAACAUCCUGAUAUUUCAGAACGGAAGGUGAUUUUAUACUGAUUUAAAUCAUUACAGGUCUUCUACAUUGGCUACAUCUUGUCUUAUGGUGCAUUUAUGCCGUUUUUGAACGUCGCCAACGCCACUUUGUACUCAAAAUUGCUGCAUCCUGACCGUCAGGUUUGUGAUUCCAUGCAAACUGAGAUAACUGGUUUUUUUGUUAGAAUUCAGAGCAAAAUCCUUUUUUUUCAAUACAGCUGAAGCCUUAUAAGAAAAAAAAACAGACGAUAAAAUCAUUAUGCUGAUGAAAAAAGGCCAACAAAUUCGAACAUUUUCAUGCAAAAUCAAUAUUCCAAAAGCUUUUUUUAAAGCGAUAAAAACAUAUUUAGUAGACAACUAAUGCAUUUAAAAUAUUGAAAAUGAAGAUCCAGUGGUUUUUCAGGGAACUGAACAAAGCCUUUACGACAUUUCCAACACGGUUGCCCGCAUUUUUGCUCCCUUGCUUAUCACGUGAGUUUUCAAACUUUUUUAUUUGAAAAAUCAUCAAAAACAAGAAAAAAAAAAUCUUAAAAAAAAAAACGUCGUAUGGGUUAUUAGCUUCAGAGGGAAGCUCGAAGAAGAUUCAAGAAAAAAAAAUUGAAGGCUCGAAGUAAAGUCCAAUGAACAUGGAAAACAGAGUAGUUCUUCUAAAAAGGAUGGAAACUCUAAAAUUCAUUCUAAACUGCGUUUUAAAUUGAACGUAAGGCAAGGAGAACUCACAAGGGUAAAAAAUGGCAAUGAGUGGAAAUUUCCUCAACCUCGCUAUCAUCGGAAGUACCCUCAAAAAUGAACUUGAAGACCAUUUUUUCAGUCUGAUCUACACGAUGUUCGGUCCUCGACGCGCUUGGGAGUUCAUGGCGAUCGGACUUUUGCUGACUUCCGCCCUUUGGAUCAUUUUCGACCGCCGUUUGGUCCCAUUGAAACCAAUCAAUAAUUCCUAUUCCGAUACCCAAUCCACUCACAGUGGAAACUUUACGGAAGAGGAAGAAGAGCAGAAAAAUAAUGUCAUGAAAUUUUAA